CUCUCAAGCGAAGAUACAGUUGCCAGAAAUGAUGUUAAUGGAUUCCUGCCUGCUCCGAAACUCACACCAAUUUACAUUCGGAUCCAUAUCCAUACCCGUAAGGGCCAUACCCAUACUCGACCUCCUCAACCAAACCCAGAAAUGCCGCCAAUCCCAUUCUCUCUCUUCACUCUCUGUCUCCCUCCCAACAAGUUCUCGGAAGCUCCUCUUCGCGCGGAGAAGUAGCAGUAGCAACGGACCCCAAACCGACGUCGCUUUCGACGAGGCAGCUUACGAGGCCGAGCGGCUCAGCCUCGACGCCAAGGCUCGGGAACAAAUGGCCGAGACUUCGAAGAUUGAGACCGAGCAGAGUGGAGUUGCCGAAGACCCGAAAGCUUGGAAAUGGGUUAUCCGGAAGAGAAUUUGGGACAUGAUGGAGGCCCGGAACAUAGCCCAGAACCCCCGCCCCGUUCACCACCGCAUUCCAAACUUCGUCGGCGCUUCUGCGGCUGCCGAUAAAUUGGGUGGGUUGGAAGCGUUCCGGGUCGGGGAUUGCGUGAAGGUAAACCCGGAUUCACCACAGAAGCAAGUCAGGUUUCUCACUCUUUCUGGUGAGAAGAAGUUGUUAACUCCUCAACCGCGUUUAAGGACUGGGUUUUUCUCUGUGCUUGAACCUUAUUUGUUAAGUCCUAGUACCAUCAAAGAGGCUUGUACGUCUGUCGGAGCUGCCAAGUAUGGGAGGCCAAUUGGAUUAGAUGAGAAAAUCAAGGUUGAUCUUAUUGUCAUUGGCUCGGUUGCUGUUGAUCCAAGGACAGGUGCUCGACUUGGCAAGGGUGAGGGGUUUGCUGAACUUGAGUACGGGAUGCUGCGAUUCAUGGGAGCCAUUGAUGACUCAACACCAGUUGUGACAACUGUGCACGACAGUCAAUUGGUAGAUGAUAUUCCGACUGAAAAGCUAUUAAUCCACGAUGUACCCGUUGACAUCAUCUGCACUCCAACACAGGUCAUUUUUACAAACACAUCAAUUCCAAAGCCUCAAGGGAUUUACUGGGACAAAUUGUCUCCUGAGAAGCUGGGGCAAAUUAGAAUACUUAGAGAGCUCAAGAGAAGGAUCGAACGGGAGACUGGACAAAAGCUUCCGUGUGGCCCAUCUGAGAAGCUGCCUCCCACAGCUCGACGAGGGAGAUAAACUUGUGGGAUCUAUAAAAAUAUAAAACCGUGUACCAAGAAAGACGGAAGAAACACAAAAAAUUGGAAUUUAUAGUGUAAUAUAAGACGUGGCUAGUAGUCACCUUGUUUUUACUUUUAUUUUACCGAAGUUUUUAGGGCCAUGUUGUUCGAUCUUGCUUGAGUUUUAAUGUAUCGUUGGAUGUAUAGAUGAUUUAUGUGUAUUGUAUUAAAAUAGGUUCAAUUCUCUCGUUUUA